ACAAAAUUUUCAACUCAAAAGCCGAUCCCGAUUGGGUGAGUCCCGAUAACCCGUUUACAUACCUCUCACGUAUACUUCUCUUGCUUUACCGCCGGCCCGUUAAGUAAAUAUCAAUCAACAUCUUCUUCCUGUACAUACCUUUUUUUGCUUCCUUCCUUCCUCUAGCCAAUUAUAAUCAAGGCGAUUGGAGUCCAUUACGCAGCUCCGCCAAUAACAUAUAGCUGGAGCUUAUAACUUUCUUCUUCGCGUGGCUCUUCAGCAGCUGGACCUAUAACAUACAAAGCCGACAAGAUGAUCAAGAUUCAAAUGUUCUACGUUUUACUCACUGUGGUGGGCUUUCUUGCGCUUGUCGACAAAUCGGAAGCCGCCCCAGCACCAUGGUCCUUUAAGAAAGGGUGGGAUUGGAUCCAAGACGGCGCCGCUGGAGCCGCAGAUGACCUUGGAUGGCAUUUCAAAUAACCACUUGUUCUCUUCUGCUUGAACGGCACGAUGCCUAGAAGGACUUUUUUUUUCUUUUCUUCCCCCUUAGCAAGGCUUUAUGAUAUCAUCAACAUGUUUGUUUAGAACAAUUCUACUCUUGCAUCUCACAACACCCACAAAUGAUAGACAUUUUUACUGUUCUGCUCCUUUUUCAAAUUGAGAGGUAUAUAAACUUCUAAUUGGGAUCUAGUUUUUC